UCUUCCCUCAGACGGUGCUCGGCGGCUCCGGAAGACAAAAGCGGGGAGCGCGGCGGUUUGGAGCGCGGACACGGGACACUAUGAACGAAGAGCAGUUUGUUAACAUUGACUUGAACGACGAUAAUGUUUGCAGCGUGUGCAAGUUAGGAACAGAAAGAGAGACGCUCUCAUUCUGCCACAUUUGUUUUGAGCUAAACAUUGAAGGAAUACCAAAGUCUGAUCUUCUGCAUACAAGAUCAUUAAGGGGACAUAGAGACUGUUUUGAGAAAUUCCACUUAAUAGCAAACCAGAGUUGCCCACAGUCAAAACUCUCCAAGAGCACAUAUGCAGAAGUGAAAAACAUAUUGAGCAAAAAAAUUAACUGGAUUAUACAGUAUGCACAAAACAAAGAUUUGGAUUUGGAUUCUGAAAGUUCAAAGCAAGCACAGCAUCACCUGUUUGGCUUUAGACAUCAGAGAGAGAGAAAGCUACUUCCGCAAUUUGAUUCCCAAGUUCCUAAAUACUCUGCAAAAUGGGUAGAUGGAAACUCCGGGAGUAUUUCAAACUGUUCACACAGUAUUCUAGAACCAAGAGAAUCCAGCGAUUUUAGACUUGAUAUGUUGCAGCAAGCAGGGGCUACCUUACGCUGUAGUAGUUCAUUGUGGUCUAGUCAUGACCAGUCAGCGGAGAUGGGGAAAGCUGAAACAGGUCCAGAUACCCAGGGCCAAAGAAGACACCCGCAGUACAGCAGGGAGCAAUUGAGUAAGAUGACUCUUGCAGAGGUGGAGCAGCUGAAUGGGAAACUUCUCCAGCAAAUCCAGGAUGUGUUUGAAGAGCUGACUAAGCAAGUACAAGAAAAGGACUCCUUGGCUUCACAGCUUAAUGUCCGUCACAUUGCUAUUGAGCAGCUGCUAAAGAACUGUUCAAAAUUGCCAUGUCUACAGAUGGGACGGGCAGCAAUGAAAUCCAAUAUCUCCAUAUAGCUGCAGCAAAGCUUGCCUUUCCCUGCUUUGUUAAUCUUAUCUCAUACAGUUGCAUACUCAAGCAGUAUUUUGGAAAAUUCUAAACAGGUAUGCAUUGCAAAACACAAUGGAAGUUACAUACAGUGCUCUUUUUUAAAAGAAGAUGAAGAGGAAGAGGAAAAGUGCACUGGAGACUAGUUUGACUCUGGAAGUCAUCUAAUCUCCUCCCAAAAUUUGUUACGUUCUUUCCAGGCACUGAUGAUAAAUACUUUGGUGUGACUUGACAAAGACUUCUGACUGCCUGUAAAUAGCCUGGAGCAUUAGUUGAUGAAAUGCAGUUUUUGGGUACGAAGAAAAUGAUGGCGCAACCAGUAUUCAUGAAAUCUACAUUUCUUAUUUAUUGUAAGCAAUAUUUUAUUACUGAAAUUUUAUACAAGAAGAAACUAUUUUAGGUACUUUUCCACAUCUCUUUAUAAAAGUUUUGAAUGAUAUAUAACAUUUUUGCCUUGUGUAAUGAUGGUUUACCUUUUUUUCAAGUCUGUGUAUUUAACUUUCAUGAUGGAAGUUGUUGGUUUUUUUAAAAAAAAAAUGUUUCCCAAAGACACAAUCUCAGUGGCUAUAAUGAAUUACUUUUACUUUUCAGCAGUGUACAAUUGAUUGGGCAUGGGUUGUAUCUUAACAGAAGAAAUUUAAGCACAACACCUCCUUUUCGGAAUGAUGGUUUGUGUUUUGUUAAUAUAUGAAGAGCUGGGUUUUGGUUUUGUAUGUGAAUUUUUAAUGCUUAAUAAAAGUAUAUGGCUUCAAAGAAAUAAACCUAUAAUACCUCAUGGAAA